CGAGCACCUGGCGCCCUCCCAAAGGGAGAGCUCUGCAAGACAUGGGCCAUGGCCUUGCGGACGUUGCUUUGUAUUUUCAUCGUUGUCAAUGAUGCCUGGAGUGAGGCUCGUGAACGAUCACCUGCUAUCUUACACCUGGAAGGCAACGACUGGGUGGCUGGAUUCCACCGGCGACUAUCAAGGAGCUGCCACCAGCGGAUCUUGCUGAAGCUUGGGCGGAGCGCCCGGGAUUCGCGGCGCCUGGCAAGGAGGCUCUUUGAGGAAGUUGGCUCCGGUCUGGAGCAGGGAAGCUGGCACCAUUUGGCCCGUGUGGGCAUUGACAUUGCAGAGAUACGCUGUGGGCAGGAUGUGAACCAGACCAUGGCUCUGAUCAAAGAGAAGUUGGGCGAUCAACUGGGUUUCGUUGAACUCGAUGAAGAGAUCUACAUGCCUUUGCAAGCUGUUGUCGAUCCCGUUUGGUCGCAGCAAUGGGGUCCACAGCGCGUGGGCUUCGAGAAUGCCUGGACACAGCUGGAAGCAUUGGAGGUCACGCCUAGUGAGGUAGUAGUCGCCCUCAUAGACACUGGCUUCAACUUUUUGCACGAAGAUAUUCAAGGCCGUGUCUGGGUCAACGAGGGAGAGAUUGCUGGCAAUGGCAUCGAUGACGAUGGCAAUGGCUUUGUCGACGACGUCAAUGGUUUCAACUUUGUGGACAACAAUGGUCAACCGGAGGACGAUUCAGGGCACGGGACGCACAACGCCGGCAUCAUUGCGGCGCAAGUGAACAACCUGGGUGUGGCAGGCGCUGCGGGGCGCAACCAGAUGGUGAAGCUGAUGAUUGUGAAGGCACUCACUGCCAAUGGUGGCUUCAAAAGUGAUGCCAUCAACGCGCUGAAUUAUGCGAUGGCUAUGGGUGCCGAGAUCUCCAGCAAUUCCUGGGGAGGGCAUAGCGAAUCGCUGGCGUUGCAAACUGCCAUCCAGGUAGCGAUGGAAGCGGGUCAUCUCUUUGUCUCCGCAGCUGGAAAUGACAACCGCAAUGCAGAUCUUUCUCCCUUCUAUCCCUGCGUUUAUCCGCACGUGCUGUGCGUGGCUGCCUCAGAUGACCAGGACCAAUUUGCCUUCUUCUCCAACUACGGCGCGGAAAGCGUGGAAUUGGUGGCACCGGGUCAGAGCAUCAUGAGCACCUACCUGGAAAACACGCAGUACGCCUCCCUCACCGGGACGUCCUUUGGAACUUCCAUGGUGGCUGGGGCCGCUGCUUUGCUCUUCAGCUGGCUUCGAAGUGCCACCAACACCGUGCGAUCGGUUGAGGACAUUCGCUGGCUGCUUUUGGAGACGGCUGAGAAAUUGUCCUGGACGGAGGGCUUCGUGGGCAACGGCAUGUUAGAUGUGGAUGCUGCUGCCAGCAAAGCGCUGUCAGGACUGGGAUAUUCCUGGCUGGUGGGGCCGUGGAGCUUAUGUCGUCGUGAGAGUUGCAGCACGUUGCAGGGAAUUCGCUUACGCAAUGUGAGCUGCGUGAGCAGUGAUGGGACGGAGGUAGACCUUGCUCAAUGCAGCGAGGAAGCUGAAUGUCAGGACACGGUUCGUGGCUGGCGCGACUCGUAUGAUGCCACUUGCAGCAUCUAUGAGAGCUACAAUUGGUGUACCUCAACAGGGAACUACGCAAGUGGUUGGCUGAGCUCGUGGGGUAGCUUCGCGGACUACGCCCGCGAUGGCUACGAUGCCACGCAAGUCUGUUGCGCCUGCGGCAGCGGCACAGUGGAAGCGGGGAACGUGCCCUUUGCUUCGCAGGAAUGUCCCGAACCCAUUGGGGGUCCGGAUGCCAACUAUGAUGGCCUGGACGACUGCAUCAUGCCGGUGGUGACCACCACUGCGACGUCUGCGACAGCUACAACCAUCACUGACACGACCGUGACGGUGACGACUAUUACGAUGACCAGCCAGACAAGAAGUAGCACCAUGACGAGCAGCACGGCGACCACGCACACUGAUACCACUACGAGCUCCAGCACUACAGCGACGAGCACGUCGAGCACCGCCACCACCUACAGUACCGUCACCACAAGCUCCACAAGCUCCAUGACCUCGACUUCGAGUACUGCCAGCAUCACUUCCCACACUGAAACCUCAACUUCCAGUACCACACAUACCAGGACCACUUCAACUUCCAGUAGCUUCACGGUCAGCAGCAGCACCAGCACCUCCAGCACAUCCAGUAGCAGCAGCAGUAGCAGCAGCAGCUCUUCGAGGAGUUCCAGCAGCACAACGAGCGAGACGAAGAGCAGCUCCACCACGACAUCUUCGACGUUCACGAGGACAACAAGCAGCACAGUGACUUCAUCGACCACGAGCACAACAACUGCGACCAGCACAAGUACCUCCAAAACUUUCACGAGCAGCACCAGUAGCACUUUCACCAGCACCAGCAGCACAAGUAGCAGCACAACUUUGACAGUGGAACUCGCUGCAGCCAUUGGAACCACCGACUUCGUGCGAAGUACUCUGCUACUGGUGGGCACCAAUCAGACCCCAGCAGGCAUUGAUGAUGCUCUAGCUGUGGCACUGGCAGACAGCUUCCAGAUGCAACGCUCUUCUGUGGAGGUUCUCUCUGUGAAAGCUGCAGUGGCAGUGACCUGGUGUCCGGACAUCAUGGGGGUGGAUGACCAAGCAAUUGGUCGAUGCUACGCUGUGCCACCCAGAAUUGCCCCUAUGCCGUGGGAGAAGUGCCAUGUAAACCAUCUUCUGGGACAGAACCAGGAACAUGGCUACUACUGCCAGAAGCGGCUGGUGCCACCUGGCACCCGGAGAUCCCCUCCAACUCCACCUCCCGAGCCCCUAAGUCAAGCGACUUCCAAGAAGGCGCAAAAGCGCAUCAGACAGCUGGAAUGGGAGAAGGCGGAGCGACAGGAGCAGUCGACAGAGGACGGGUGGAAGUUGCAACGCCAAUAG